CAUGUGCGAUCAUUAUUACUUGCGGGCGCAUUAGACAAAUACACGAAUAGCCAAAUGCAUGCGCGGGGGUGCGUGAGGUCCCUUUAACUGGCUCACGCAGACCCGCCCCGUACACUGACGUGGAAUAGCUGCUGUGCCAGGGUCGGCCACUGUUCGCGUCAGGAGCUGUGCACCAUCAUCCCCCAUCGCAGGCGGGCGAGGAGGGCUGGUGGUGCGCUCCGUUAUUACAGCUUGUCACCGACGGCGACUGCUGCGACUGCUCGCGCUCGCGCUCUGUCAUAAAGGAUUGAACGCUACGAUAGCAGUCGGAGGAAUUCCGACGCCGGUUGUCUGCAGAAUAGGAGGAGCGGGGCGGGUAAGCAGGAUUUACAGUAGCGGCUAGAUUCCUGCAGGGUUUUCUCGGUUGGUUGUGUUGGUUUUGGCUGGACCCGGAGGAGUGGCCGUCUUUGUGCGGUCGGCAUCCAAGGCCUAUCAUCAUCAUCAUGUCCGAGCAGACGAAAACUCACGUGAUCUUGCUGGCUUGCGGGAGCUUCAACCCAGUCACCAAAGGCCAUCUACAGAUGUUCGAGGAUGCACGGGAUUACUUGCACAAGUCCGGCCGCUUUAUUGUCAUCGGAGGCAUCAUCUCGCCAGUGCACGAUGGCUACAGAAAGCAGGGCCUCAUUUCAAGUCGACAUCGACUCAGCAUGUGCCAGCUGGCAGUACAGAACUCCGACUGGAUCAGAGUCGAUCCAUGGGAAUGUUACCAGGAGAAAUGGCAGACGACCUGUGACGUUCUGGAACACCACCGAGAGUUAAUGAAGCGUGUGACCGGAUGCAUCCUCUCCAACGUGAACUCCCCAUCAUCUCCCGUCAUCAAGCAGCCGCACAACGAGACGCGCCCAGCCACGCAGGACGACAAUUCGCUGCCGCUCCAGAAGUCGACGCCCGGAAAACUGAUCAGUAAGUUUGGAGAGAGCAUCGGCAAGGUGUGCUGCCUUCGUCCCAAAGCUGAUCUCUUUCCGUACAUCGACGAGAAUGCCAACCUUGGCAACAGUGUUCGAUAUGAAGAGAUUGAGCUGCGGAUCAUGCUGCUGUGCGGGAGUGACCUCCUUGAGUCCUUCAGCAUCCCCGGCCUCUGGAAUGACGAUGACCUGAAAGUGAUCCUGGCAGAGUUCGGCGUCGUUUGCGUGCCCCGGGACUGCGCCGACUCGGAACGCAUCAUCCGACGAUCUCGCCACCUUCUCAAGUUCAAGAAAAACAUAAACGUCGUCAGCGAUGCAGUGGAUGGACCAACGGCGCACAUAAGCUCAACUAAAAGCAGGCUCGCGUUGCAGAAGGGAGACGGCCGAGUGAGCGAGUACCUUUCUCAGCCAGUCAUCGACUACAUCCUGCAACACCAGCUCUACAUCAACACGUCCGGCUAAGAAGUCGUGCGCCAUUCGCACGCUCUCUGCCCCCCAUCUCUCUCUCUCUGUCCGCCGUGUAUCGACGGCUUUGUCGGGAGCCCCCCAUUUUUAUUGUUUGACCUUGGCUCAUCUUUCACGCCGAACGCUGCUGCUUCGUUACGGCGUCGGGCCUGAGCAAGACGCUUGAUUGCUGCUGCUCGCCAUGGGAGAGAUUUGUCGUAGCUGGGAUUGCAUUUGCCACGGUGUGAUGUUGUAUCGGGAGGGAGCGUGGAAUCGGAGGGGGUUUGUCUUUUUUUUCUCUCUCUGGAGCAAAGAACAAAAAUAGGAGAUUGUGCAAAAAUGCUUGUGGGCUUCCGCAGAGCGCACCGUAGUUGUUUUAGAUGUUGAGCAGAAUAUGAGACGAUUUUGUUUGUUGCAAAACCCAUUUGAAGGUUGAGUAUUGGGGAAGGUUUCAUGCCAUCAUAGCAUCCAGUACGUCAUCACAUGCCCUUCGUGCUCACAUGGCAUUUGCCAGGCUCAGCAGCAGCAGUAUUGCUUUUGGAGCGUGUACCGAUUUAAUGGUCGAUGGUCUCAUGUUAAAGACUGUACGCCUGUAGCGGCGAGUUUAGCAUUCAUGCCAAAUCUGCAAGCGCCUGACAAAAAUGCACAGGGGGGUGGGAAAAUCUUUAAACAAAAAAGGUGGUAUUGUAAAGUGUUGCACAAACGCGAGGUGACCGAUUGAGAGGCAAAACGUUGCCUCGACGCGACCUCGGGUUGCCAAUAUUUUUGGCAAACGCGCGGUGUGUGCACGGUCACCCUCGUCCACUACAGUUGUGCCCCUUCGGCAACAACACAAAACAACAAACUACUUUUGGCCAUCCUGAAGCCACCAGGGAGGUGGGGGAAGCCGAUCGCGGCUGCCGGGAACUUUUCACAGCAAAAAAAGCCGCUCUCACGACUUUCGCCGUGCACGAUACCCCCCCCGCCGCCCUCCAUGAUUCAUCAUAAGAGCCAUGGACAAAGGGGCCCUUGCCUUUUCCGUGGCCCACGGUUUACCAACUCACCAAUUUUCUCAACCCGUUGGUUUGUGGUGCAAGGGGCCGCUUUAUUUCACAGCUGACGUUUACUUUUGCCGUAGUAUUUUUUGACUGCAUGGAUUCAUCUUCUUGGUUAUUUCGGUAAAGUCACGUAGAAUGGAAAUAGUAAAAUAAAAAUAAAACAGACUCUUUCUCGACAGACCUGUUCUCCACCUGAGGACGGCUGCUUGCGUUGUGGCCGAAACGUCGUGAUAAUUAUUUUAUUAUGUUUUCUUUUAUUUCCAUUCUACGUGACUUUACCGAAAGAACCAAGAAGAUUUGCCGUAGUAGUUUACUUUUUCGAACACGCGCUCGUCGCGAGCCUGUGGCUGUGCGUUUAUCGCGAACGACUCGACAGAAGCUUUGUGUCCUUUGUGGUCCUUGUGGUCGUGGCGGUCUUGAAGACAUUUUUUUAUUCACACUUAAAUCAAUCGAAAUGCCUUCAAUUCUAGAAGUGCUUUUAAUGUAAUGCUGGCAUAGCUUUAAAAGUAAGAAAAAAAUGCUCAAACGCUGAAUAUAGAGACACAGUACAUGUAUAUUGUUUGACUGUUUGUAUUAUGUUCAUGGCCUGCUGGCAAAGAGUUACACAGUUAAGCAUAUGUUACACCAGUGAUUAAAGCAGCAGUGAUUACAGACUGUCUGUGGGUUACAGUAUCUUUAGCUGUGUAAAUCAUAUAUAAUCAAUAAAGACUUUUGUCAACGUGAA